AUGACUUCAUUCCACAAACCGAGAUCAACUUCGGUGUCAAGGGCAUCAAUUUUGGUGCUGGCCAUUCUAAUUCUGACAAGCUGCUUAUAUUGCGAAGCUGGCAAGUGUCACCCCAAUGGAAGGAUCAGAGGAAAAAAGUCAGGUUCAGCACAAUGCAACACAGAGAACGAUGCAGAUUGCUGCAUAGACGGCAAAAUUUAUCCGACAUGUAUAUGUUCACCAUCUCUGUCUUCUCACACAAAAGCUUAUCUCACUCUUAGAAGUUUUGACAACGGUGGGGAUGGAGACGGCCCUUCGGCAUGUGACAAGCAGUAUCAUUCUGAUGACACACCUGCUGUCGCACUCUCCUCUGGUUGGUUCGACCACAACACAAGGAGUCACAAGAACAUUACCAUAAGUGGUAAUGGUCGGAGUGUCGGGGCCAUGGUGGUGGACGAGGGUGACUCCACCAUGGGAUGCGAUGAAUAACAUGAUUAUCAGCCUCCAUGUGACUACAACAUGGUUGAUGCCUCCAAGGCUGUCUGGAAAGACUUGGGCGUGCCUCUUACUCAGUGGGGUGGCUUACGCAUUACUUGGUCAGACUCUACUGGAAAAUGUCGCCCCAGUGGGAGAGUGAGAGGAAAGAAGGCACCACCGGGACAAUGCAACACAGAGAAUGAUUCAGACUGCUGUAAACAAGGCCAAUUGUAUCCAGUUUAUGAAUGCUCACCACCUGUGUCUUCUCACACUAAAGCCUUUCUCACUCUUAACAGUUUCCAGAAAGGUGGAGAUGGAGGUGGCCCUUCAGAGUGUGACAAUCAGUAUCAUUCUGAUGACAAGCCUGUUGUUGCACUCUCCACUGGAUGGUUCAACCACAAAAGCAGGUGCCUCAAGAACAUCACCAUAAGUGGUAAUGACCGAAGUGUGGUAGCCAUGGUGGUGGACGAGUGUGACUCCACCAUGGGAUGUGAUGAACAACAUGAUUAUCAGCCUCCAUGUGAUUACAACAUCGUUGAUGCCUCCAAAGCUGUGUGGAAAGCCUUGGGUGUGCACAAGGAUCAGCCUCAGUGGGGUGGCAUGGACAUUACUUGGACAGACUAACUAAUUCCAAAUCAUAUUGUGUAGUUGUGCGUAUCUGUAUGCUAAUAUUUAUGCGUGUUUAAGUUUUAGAAAUGUUAUCCGUAGUUGUUGGUCAUGUUCAUAUAUUAUUAUUCAUCGACGGUUACGUUCUUGUACUUAUUAUGUACUAUUUGAGUUAUGAGUUUGUAUUGUUCAAUAUGCGUUA